AUGGAGUCCUGCACUGUAUCUGCACUGAGCUGCUUCAUAGCAUUUUGUUUACUUGUCUGUUUAAUUGGCUUCAUUUUCGCAGAUGCAGACUUCACUCUGCGUUGGGCAAGUCUGACAGGGCAAAGGCCAGAGAGGAAGCUGAAAGGGCUGGUGGUGUGGAUCACUGGAGCAUCCAGUGGUAUUGGAGAAGAGCUGGCCUACCAGCUGGCAAAGUGUGGCUCACGUCUCAUCCUGUCUGCCCGCCAUGAGGAUGAGCUACACAGAGUGAAACGCCAUUGCUUAGAGACCUCUGAACUUAAGGAUGAGGAUAUUCUUGUUCUUCCACUUGAUUUGCUGGAGAGGAGAUCACAUGAGACAAAAACAAAAACUGUGAUUGGGUACUUUGGACACAUUGAUAUCCUCAUUAACAAUGGCGGUCGAAGUCAGCGCUCUCUGUUCUUGGAAACCAGCGUGGAUGUGUGCCAGGCCUUGAUGGAGCUCAACUUCUUAGGUACGGUCUCUCUAACCAAGCAGGUGCUGCCUCACAUGACACAGCGAGGCAGGGGGAGCAUCGUGACUGUCAGCAGCCUCUUUGGCCUUACCGCUGCGCCUCUUGCAACAGGUGCCUCUGCUAGCAAGCAUGCACUUCAGGGUUUCUUUAAUUCCCUUCGAACUGAGCUGACUGACUAUCCAAAAAUACUAAUUAGUACAGUGUGUCCAGGGCCCGUCCAAUCACAAAUCGCCAAAAAUGCCUUUACAGCAGAAAUAAACAAGCCUCCACCCACAGUUGGACAUCUGAAGAGGAUGCCAACAGAUCGCUGUGUGCGUUUAAUGCUAGUGGGAAUUUCCAAUGGUGUCAAAGAGAUGUGGAUUUCUCAGCAGCCCAUGCUCCUGCUUUACUACGCCUGGCAGUAUGCGCCCACAUUCGCCUGGUCCGUGUCCGACAGGUUGGGCAGAAAAUGGGUGCAGAAUUUCAAAGCUGGUCGGGAUGCAGACUCUGCGAACUUGACUAAACCGAAGACCUCCUGAAAAUCACAUCCUCAAGAGGAAAUUGCAUUCCUAAUGUUGGACUUUGUAUUUUUCUCUCCUUUUUCAAAAUGUCUGCUUUCAUGUCAUGUCACCUUGGGAUGGCUGUUGCGGGCGAUAAACUGGCGAUGUAUAAAUGAAAUUGAAUUGAGUCUUGAAGUAAAUAUUUAGAGACAUAACUGAUUUGAAAGCUCAGUGCCCUCUUCCUAUCUUAAAUGAAAUGUUUGUAACCAAUAAUCAACUUGUGGUA